GUCUAUUGUCUCAUCCAGGUUUUUCCCCCUAGUCGGCUCCAGGCUGCGGCUUGGAGGACCCAACCGCCACCAUUGAUCCCAGCAGCUGGAGCGGCAGCGAGAGUCCUGCCGAGGACAUGGAGAGGAUGAGUGACUCGGCGGACAAGCCCAUGGACAACGACGCUGAGGGUGUGUGGAGUCCCGAUAUCGAGCAAAGCUUCCAGGAAGCUCUGGCCAUCUAUCCGCCCUGCGGUCGCCGGAAGAUCAUUCUCUCUGACGAGGGCAAGAUGUACGGGAGGAAUGAAUUGAUAGCCAGGUACAUCAAACUGCGGACUGGGAAGACGAGGACGAGGAAGCAGGUGUCUAGUCACAUACAGGUCUUAGCAAGAAAGAAAGUUCGAGAAAUCCAAGCUGCCAUCAAGGUACGUCUGGCUUUGCCCAGUAGCGGGGGGCCUUUCAUCGCCAUGGUUACAGGUUGUUCCUUUGUUUUCCUCCCUCCCCCUACCCUGCAGGUGUCUAGUCACAUUCAGGUUCUUGCCAGAAGGAAAUCUCGUGAGUUUCAUUCCAAGCUAAAGGUCACAAGCAUGGACCAGACAGUGAAGGACAAGGCCCUCCAGAGCAUGGCGUCCAUGUCGUCGGCCCAGAUCGUCUCCGCCACGGCCAUCCACAACAAGCUUGGUUUGCCGGGCAUCCCGCGCCCUGCCUUCCCAGGAGCGGCCGGGUUUUGGCAGGGGAUGAUAUCGACAAGCCAGCCUGGAUCGUCGCAAGACAUCAAGCCUUUCGCCCAGCAGGCGUACCCCAUUCAGCCGACAGUCACCACACCCAUUUCAGGGUAUGAGCCCCCUACAGCCCCAGCUCCCACUGUGCCAGCCUGGCAGGGCCGCUCCAUCGGGACCACCAAGCUCCGGCUGGUGGAGUUCUCGGCCUUCCUGGAGCAGCAGCGGGACCCGGACUCUUACAACAAGCAUCUCUUUGUGCACAUCGGACAGACAAAUCACUCCUACAAUGACGCCUUGCUGGAGUCGGUGGACAUUCGGCAGAUUUAUGACAAAUUCCCCGAGAAGAAGGGGGGUCUCAAGGAGCUCUUUGGCAAAGGGCCGCAGAAUUCCUUCUUCCUUAUAAAGUUUUGGGCUGACCUCAACUGCAACAUCCAGGACGAUGCAGGAGCCUUCUACGGGGUCACCAGCCAGUACGAGAGUUCGGAGAACAUGACAAUCACCUGCUCUACGAAGGUGUGCUCUUUUGGCAAGCAAGUAGUGGAGAAAGUGGAGACCGAGUAUGCGCGAUUCGAGAACGGACGCUUUGUGUACAGGAUAAGUCGGUCGCCCAUGUGCGAGUACAUGAUCAACUUCAUCCACAAGCUGAAACACCUGCCGGAGAAGUACAUGAUGAACAGUGUCCUGGAGAACUUCACCAUCCUGCUGGUGGUGACAAACCGCGACACACAAGAGACCUUGCUGUGCAUGGCAUGUGUGUUCGAGGUGUCCAACAGCGAGCACGGAGCCCAGCAUCACAUCUACAGGCUGGUGAAGGAGUGAGGGACGGCGGCCACCCGCGCGCUCACACACACAGACACACACACACGCACACACACACCUUUCGCACAGACUCAACCUCAACGCAAGUGGCAGUGCCUCUAAAUUGAAAAUCAGACCCAGAUUGCUUUGCGGUCACAUUUGGGUGAAGCCUAUUAAUAUUAUUAUUUUUCUUCCUUUGACUUACUUAAUGUAUAUGUGUAUGACUGCAGCUGUGAAUUGCGGUACAGUUGUAUUAUGUUUUGAUACAAAAAAGGUUCAUUUUAAUGAAUGACUAGUCAAUGUUUGUAGGAAGAUGUACAUAUAAAGUGGAAGUGCAUAACAUAAGACAGAAUUAUCUGUUGGUUGCAUUCAUUCAGCAGACAACGUCUUUUUUUUCUGAAUUUGUUUCCACAUUGUGUUGUCUUGUAAGAAGGAAAAGAACUACAAAGAUAGUAGCUUUGUUUCAUGGCUUAUGUAAACUACAUAAUAUGUAUUUGAGUGUGUAUGUAUGUGGUCGCUCGUGUGUUUGUAUAGAUGUAUAUACAUGCACACGCAUACACAUGUACAUUUUCCAAAGAAAAAGUAUUUGAAAUAUAUAAUUUUGGAUAAGUACAUUUAAGAAGAAAAAAUGAGAGCUAUUUAGAAGAUGAAAAGCUUGUGGAUAUCGUAACUACAAGGACACUACAUGACUUAAGCGUUUGUAGUGUUCGGGGAGCACAGACUCCAGUCCAGUUUAAAACAAAAAAAAAAAAAAGUUUCACUGCGUCAGGUGACACACACGAGUGAAUGCACUGUGAGAACCACGUAUUUACACAUGUGGUUUAUAUAUACGUACAUAUAUACAUAUAUAGACACACGUAUAAAUUGCCAUCGAGGCCUCAGCCUGGACAAACCGUGUCGUCGCAAUAAGAAACCCAUCAAUGAUACCCCUUUAAAUUCUCCUGUGCUGUGCAGAUGUUCUCCAACUAUGUAAAUGGAAAACGGAGUUUUUUAAAAAUUUUAGAAAAAAAGACAAGCAUCACUUUGGGAAGAAAAGCACUGCAGUACUUCUGAGCUGAUUGUCACCUUGUCCUGAGCACUUGGUUCUUCUGCUAGAACAUGCCUUACUGAGGUGUCGCCCGUUACGUUUGCCUUCUAGAUUAGAGACGAAAGAAUUGUUCGUGUCGGG